AUUCUUUCUUUUUUUUUCCCUACUCUGAGGAAUAUCUAUUUAAACUUUUUAUACAAUUUGCAACAAUGUCUGAAGAGACCAAGACAAAAAAUAAUAAGCGUUCGUUAACAGAAAGCUCAGAAGAACAAUCAGAAACAAAGAAUAAUAAACGUUUCAGAAAGGAUAAACCUUGGGAUACAGAUGACAUCGAUCACUGGAAGAUUGACGAAUUCAAACCUGACGACUCAUCAGGCCCAUUUUUAGAAGAAUCUUCUUUUGCCACUCUUUUCCCUAAAUACAGAGAAGCUUAUUUAAGAGAAUCGUGGCCCCUUAUUACAACAGCACUUGGAAAAUAUGGUAUUGCUUGUGUGCUGGAUUUGGUGGAAGGUAGCAUGACAGUAAAGACAACAAGAAAAACAUACGACCCCUAUGCUAUUUUAAAAGCGAGAGAUAUGAUUAAAUUAUUAGCCAGAAGUGUCCCUUUUCCACAAGCUAUCAAAAUCAUGGAUGAUGGUAUUGCUUGUGAUAUUAUAAAGAUUGGUAAUAUUACAAGAAAUAAAGAACGAUUCGUCAAACGUAGACAAAGACUUAUUGGACCCAAUGGUUCUACGUUGAAGGCGAUUGAAUUAUUGACAAAAUGUUACAUGAUGGUUCAAGGUAAUACAGUGUCCGCUAUGGGACCCUAUAAAGGACUCAAAGAAUUACGUCGUAUCGUUUUGGAUUGUAUGAAGAAUAUUCAUCCCAUUUACCAUAUCAAAGAACUCAUGAUUAAGCGUGAACUCGCCAAAGAUCCUAAAUUGCAGUCAGAAUCCUGGGACCGAUUCUUACCUCAAUUCCAAAAGAGAAACGUCAAACACAAGAAGAAGGUUGUGGAACAAAAGCCCAAGAAAGAAUACACACCAUUCCCUCCUGCACCACCCAAGUCAAAGAUCGAUUUACAAUUGGAAAGUGGCGAGUAUUUCUUGAAGCAAAACCAAAAGAAAAAGGAAAAGCAAUAAAUCAUCAGUCACCAUUGAUAAGAUUACCCUCUCUCUCUUUCUCUCUAUUUCUUUUGUUAUCGUUUUUGCCAUUUUCAUACGAGUAAAAAAGAUGCUAUUCUUUGUUUGCAAAUAACAUGAGGUUGCGUUGGUGUUGGUGAAGGGUUUCCAUUGGAUCUGACAAAGUGGUAUCCAACCGUCUUUCCCAAUGAAUGUGGCAGACGGAUCUCAGGAACAGCCAGAAACAAAAAUGUUUUAUUUUUAAAUUCGCGCCGUUUUGCAUGAAAGCUGUCACAUUGAAUUGACAGUAAAACUUGAGUUUAUGAGAGCUGCACAUGACG